CUUCUCACCUUCGUUAAUCAAAUAGCCAAUUGAUUCCCCUUUAUAUUAAUUUUCUUUUAAUCCUCGUUUCCGCUCGCUUAUAAAUAUCUCCUAUUCAUUUCUUGUUUUAUUCCUCUUUAUCGCUCUGGUUCCUCUCACGCUUCCCGGUUCGCUCAUCGCCGGAAGCCGGCAGCCGGCACCGAAGCCGAAUCUCCGGCGGUCCAGGCGAGUGCUCCUACUUUUCCUCUUUAUCGCUCUGCUUCCUCUCACGCUUCCCACUUCGCUCAUCGCCGGAAGUCGUAACCGAAGCCGAAUCCCCGGCGGAACAGGAACUUGGAUGCCAUGAAGAACCACAUCAUUUGUUUCACGUGUGGAGAGAGGUCAUUAUUAUACUAAGAGCCCAAAGAAGGGGAGGUCAAGAAGAAGCAAAUGAGGAAAUGGGCAAAUGGAUGCUUAUGUUGAGGGGGAACUCCAAAGGUAAAAAGAAGAUGCAGUUUUGCCGGUAUACUUUUGCUCCAUGACAUGGUGGACAACUAGCCCUAAGUGCAACAGUUGCUGCUAAUAUCUAUCAUCUCUUCCAAGAUCUUCAAAAUGGACCGAUGUGAUACAUCAGGAUUUGUUAGUGGGGGAUGCAAGCUCGAAUUUCACUAGUUAUUAACAAUUAACAUUAAUACUUUAAUGUUACUGGAAGUCAAACUGACUGUUUCUUUUCUAAUUUGAUUUGGUGAAUCGAAGAGGUAUAUCGAUAAAUAAUGGAUAAUUCUCUUAUGAAUCUGGGGACUACUGCCAGCCUAUUCUCCUCAAGUGCUUGUGAUUUUUCAAUGAGAGUUCGAUCAAUAGAAGAUAGCUCUAAGGGGAUCAAUAAAGUGUCUGGUUAUGUGAAUGAUGUAGACUGUCCAGAGAAGUACUUCGCCCUAUGUUUAGGUCAAUCACUGAAUUCUUUAGAUGUUAUCAAGAAGAGCUCCAUGAUUGUUCCUGCAUCUUCAGUAACAGAAAUUGACAAGUCCUGUGAUCUGGGAUUGAAUUUUCAGCUUCUUCAUGGGGAUGCAAAAACAUCAAAUCCUAAAUCAAUUGCUACUCCUGAUGAUUCUCAUAUUGGAAAUUCACUGGAUCUCCAGUUAAGCCUAUCAAUUGGCUCAUCUGGAUCAGUCAUAAGUGGCAUCAAGCACUUCUUGGAUCCAAUUCAGUAUAGUUUGGAGGCUUCAGCAAUGGUAAGUUCAGUGCCAACCAAUGAUGAAGAAGGGACUUCAUCCUCUUGUUGGAUGUUUGGUGGCUACAUGGAUACAACUUUUCACAAUUCAGAUACAAGCGGUAGUUUUUCUUCAGGCAAAAUAGGUUGCAAAGAAUAUGAUUCACUUGAUGGUGCGGUAGACCACCCAUUGACUAUGUUCAAUACAUUGAAAAGUCCAAUUGUCUUCACUUCUGAAAUUACACAUCUACAACAUAAUAGCACAAAGAAUUGCCAGUUCCAGGGGUGUGUGAAAAGAGCAAGAGGUGCCUCUGGUCUAUGCAUAGCACAUGGCGGAGGACGAAGGUGCCAAAAACUUGGAUGCCAAAAAGGUGCUGAAGGGAGGACAAUUUUUUGCAAAGCACAUGGAGGUGGUCAUCGAUGUGAACACCUUGGCUGCACAAAAAGCGCUGAAGGCCGAACUGAUUACUGCAUUGCCCAUGGUGGUGGCCGACGUUGCAUCCAUGAAAAUUGCAGUCAUGCUGCAAGAGGUAAAUCUGGUCUAUGCAUCCGGCACGGAGGUGGCAAGAGGUGCAAGAAGGAGAAUUGCACAAAAAGUGCAGAAGGUUAUACUGGACUGUGCAUCUCUCACGGUGGUGGCAAGCGCUGUCAAUUCCCAUCAUGCACAAAAGGUGCACAAGGGAGUACGAUGUUUUGCAAGGCACAUGGUGGAGGCAAACGGUGUACUUUUUUGGGAUGCACGAAAGGUGCUGAAGGGAGCACUCUAUUUUGCAAGGGGCAUGGUGGAGGAAAGCGGUGCCUAUUUGACGGUGGAGGUGUUUGCCCAAAGAGUGUGCAUGGUGGCACCUUAUUCUGUGUGGCUCAUGGUGGUGGGAAGAGAUGUGUGGCUCCUUCAUGCACCAAGAGUGCUAGAGGGCGAACUAGUUACUGUGUACGUCAUGGUGGAGGCAAACGGUGCAAGUAUGAAGGCUGUGGGAAAAGUGCACAAGGGAGUACUGAUUUUUGCAAGGCCCAUGGAGGUGGCAAACAUUGUGCAUGGGGUCAGUUGUAUUCAAAUGUCGGCGUUGGUGAUGCACCUUGUGACAGGUUUUCCAGGACCAAAGCGGGUCUCUGUGCUGCACACCAUUCAUUGCAACAAGAUCAAUGUAUUCACGACGAGAGCACUGCUGCUGUGUUUUCUACUCGCUAUCAAACGUUCAUCAAGACUGAAGAGGGUGCCAUUGCAGGAAAGGGGGUAUCGGGCUGGAGUGGAUCUGAUACAGCAGUCCCUACUACUGAUUGCAGGUCGGUUUCACUUCCAGAAGGUCGGGUUCAUGGAGGAAAUCUCAUGGCAAUGCUUGCUUCCAGUUCUACUACGAUGUGUAACGAUGGCUAAAUACAACUCAGUUCUGGCGUCCACUGCUGGGCGGUGCUUCAAUCCAUUUAUUGGCAAUCGUGUGCAUACUUUCUCAUUUGCUUUGUCUGCUUUCAUGUGUGCAAUAAUUUGCCGGUUUGUAUUGCAAAAACAUAAUUGUGUGGUCUUGUAUUUAUGUUUUAUUAAAUUUGGUCGUCAUGUAUAAUUACCUCCUCGACCAUAUAAAACAGCAUACACUUGGCAGAAAUAUAAUAUAUUUCCCCCCUUCUUUUCUGUAAAA